AAUCGAGAGCAGGAAAUCAAUCGGUGGGAGUGCGUUGAGGAAGGAGCGUGGGCCUUCAAUCCCGGAACAAGUGUGCCCCUUUUUUUCCCCCGAGGAGACGGAACUGAUGUGUGUUUCAAAAGUGAAGUAUGCAAAUAAGGCCUGUGUAAUGUGUGCCUGGCUUUUAGUGAGUGUUGGGAUCUAUCUACCUGUCGGCGUGAAAUGAAAUCUGUGAUCAGAGAGUCGAAUUGCCUGCAACAAGAGUCAGUGGAGUGGACACAGUUAUUUGGAAGCAGAGGUUCUUUCCCUCAGAUGACGACGAGCUCCGGGCAAAUGCGCUUCGAAAACCGAACAAGAACUUUGAAGAAGAAGAAGCCGAAGAAGAGCAGCAACCAGACCUCGACGACUGUGCUUUGGCAGACAAAGUCCUCCUGAAGAGCUGAUAGUGGUGGUGUGUUGGUUGAGCGAGCUGGUUAGCUGGCUACUUACUGACUUGGUCGAUCGUCCAGUGUUUCUCUGAGGAAUCUCUCAUUGUCCAACUGUUUCUUGAGUGAGCUCUGUCAUCUCCCCCAUCCUUCCUUGCAUACUGGUAUUUAGUUGGUGGUUUUGAGACGUCAGUGUAGUGAGCGGUGACCCCGCGAUAUCGAAAGGGAUUCUUCAUCUAGUGAGACAGAUCAAAGAGGCUUCUUUUGGCCGGAAAUCUGCAUCCCUUAAGACCAGUUUGUGAGCGAAUGCUUGUGCAUAAGGUCGUCGUCAUGCCUAAAUUUGGCAUUUCCAUUGGAUUUCUCUCCUUCGCUCUCGUUUUAAAAUAGGUGGUUAUUUCACAUCUGGCUUGUCUCGUUGUACCUACUGUACGUAUAUGCACAGGAGUGAUCCGGCAUACGAUAGAACGACCAGUUGGUUGGAAGUGAGUGGAGAAUUUACAAGACCUGUCGUGUCGUGAAUCGUGGUCCAAGAAGCAAUUGGAAGUUUGUCAACUCUGAUCAUCUUCUCCCGAGAAGACCGCCCAGCUGAUAUCGUUUCUCUCGCUCUCUCGUUGUAAGGCUUCUCCUCCCUCGAUUACCUUCUGCCACAUUUUCAAGUGAUAGAAAAACACAUUUUCAAAAGUUUCACUUAAUCUCUCAUCAACGACGCUCUUCUUUCUCUGUGGUGUUCCUCUGUCGUGACGAUUUUUUGCCAUUUAUCUAUUGAAAGUAAGCUGACGACGAUGAUGCUCUGGUAGAGGCGAUGAUAGUGGUGAGGAUCGUAGUAGCCAAAGAACUGGAAGAAGACGAGAGCAGGAAUUUUUUCCAUUCCCUGUUCAAAUCGGCUGUGUGGCAUUGCCUACAGGGGUGUGAAAUAGCUUAACCAGCUACCAGCAGUGAAUUCAGUUCCAAGAAGAAAAGUGCUGCACAGCUUGCAACCAUCAGCCAUCAACUAACUAUUCGGCAUUGUUGUUGCUCUCCUCUGAGUAAGGAUUUCAUUCUCCGUGGUUCUCAUGAAUGAAGAAAAUAUGGCUUCACAGCAAAUAACGAGAGCAAGAUAAUCAGUUUGAGCUCGUCAGGACUCGGAAUACGAACCUAAGGAGUGAUUGUCAGACCUGAGAAAACAUCCCACCAUCAUUAUUCCCUAAGAUGAUGGCUUCGACUCUCCAUGUAAAUUGGUUGGAGUUGCUCUAAUUAGAUGCAGACACGGCACUAUCAUUACCGAAUCUCUUCCCUUGCACCACGAGCCGGUGCCAAACCAGUGGAUCGCUUCUAUUGAUAAUUCAACGCCGAGCGAGAGACUUUCCACACUUCCUCAUUGUCUGCUGUUUGGAAUAUCUUGCUCUUCAACGUUUGUUUGAAGUGCUUGUGAAACUGUUCAUCCCCGGAUAUUCCACCGCCCAAAGUGGUUUUACAACACCUCCUGUUUACCGGGGAGAAGUAGCACGCUCCUUAUAACAGGACAAGGACCCAAGAUCAAAGAUCCCUCUUUGGGAAGGCGCUCAAUUCUGAAAUCUGAAGCCGAGUGUUUUUGCUCCCUCUUCCCGUUCUUCAGUCGGAUUUUGGGUGUCAGCUUGUUAAUUUCUCUGUUGUACGAGAGCAGAAGAAGUCCGGGUUGGAGGCUCGGUGAGAAAACGUGUUCCCGAGCUGAAAAAGGUGAAGUGAUUUUCUAAAAUAGAAGAGAAAUCGUCUGGAUCUCCGUGUUGUGAGUGAGUGAGUGUGUGAGUGGCCAUCCAAUGGUGAAUUUGUGUGCUGAUAUGUGGAUGAGUCGACCGAUUCCUCAUCAUCAUGCUAAUCACCGAUAAAAAUUCUGUCGACAUGGUCACAUCGGAUCGAUCCAGAGAUCUCCAUUCGCCAAGCAAACGCAAGGGAUUGCCGCCCAAGCUUCCAAGCAAGAACGCCUUGAACUCCAAGACCAAACCAGCGGUGAACGGUAGUGGAUCGCUCCUCAAUGAGAGAACGAUGAACAAUAGGAACAAUAAUCAUAUCCACAACAAGCCCGUGGGUGGUGGACCGCUCCAUGCGGAAAAUAAGCGAGUGGAUCCCGAGCUUGUGUUCACGAAGCAAGAACGAAUCGGCAAGGGAUCUUUCGGCGAGGUGUACAAAGGCAUCGAUAACCGGACUCAGCAUGUUGUGGCCAUCAAAAUCAUUGACCUCGAAGAGGCCGAGGACGAAAUCGAGGACAUCCAGCAAGAGAUCAUGGUCCUGUCACAAUGUGACUCGCCCUAUGUUACCAAAUAUUUUGGCUCCUAUCUUAAGGGUACAAAGCUGUGGAUUAUCAUGGAGUAUUUGGGUGGGGGUUCCGCCUUGGAUCUCAUGAAAGCGGGUAGCUUCGAUGAGAGCCACAUUGGAAUCAUUCUCCGCGAGGUGCUCAAAGGUCUAGACUACUUACACAGUGAGAAGAAGCUGCACCGUGAUAUCAAGGCAGCUAAUGUGCUUCUCAGCACGGCAGGCGACGUCAAGUUGGCCGACUUUGGCGUGGCCGGUCAGCUCACCAACACCACCAACAAGCGCAACACGUUCGUGGGUACGCCCUUCUGGAUGGCGCCCGAGGUGAUCAAGCAAUCGGCAUACGAUGCGAAAGCCGACAUCUGGUCACUCGGGAUUACAGCCAUCGAGUUGGCUAAAGGUGAACCCCCCAAUUCAGACCUCCAUCCCAUGCGGGUGUUGUUCCUCAUCCCAAAGAGCAAUCCACCCCAAUUGACGGGGGCCUACUCGAAGCCUUUCAAAGAGUUCAUCGAAACGUGUCUGAACAAGGAGCCGGAGAAUCGUCCCAGCGCCAAAGAAUUGCUUCGACAUCCAUAUAUCAAGAAGGCCAAGCGCAAUAACCAUCUAAUGGACUUGAUCGACCGAUAUCGCAAGUGGAAGCUCACCCACACGGAGAGUGACUCGGAUGGUGAUAAUAGCGAGACGGACGUCCACGAUGAUUCGGAUAGUGAUUGGGAUAUCGGCACCAUCCGAGUGCCGCAAUCCAACAGGAUCGAGGACUUUGUCAACGACAAGUCCUUUCAGAAUGGGGACAGCGUUCAGACCAUCGUGGAAUCCUCACCCGUCAUCGUGCCAAUGGGCCGAUCCAACUCGCCUGUGAAGAAGGCCAUGGAGAAAGGCCAGCGAACAUCGCCUACCAAGGACAUCCAUCCCAGUUCCACAGGAGGGGGGCUGGGAUCGCCCUUGAAGGAGAAUGCCAGAAAUGCCAAGAGUGAAUUAAAUAUCGUCCAGUCUGUUGAGCAGAGCCGAAACUCGUCGCGUUCCAUGGAAAACCUGGAUCACUCCAUAGUCAAAGGGAGUGCUCCGGUCGAGAUUGGAUCACGAGUAUCGGACUCCCGGAAGAGUGAAGACAACAAGCGGAACAAAAAGUCCAGUGAUGAGAAAAAGAAAGAGAAUCGCAAGUCAGGUCAGGGAUUGGCAUCGCCCAGUCGGUCAGCUGGAGGCAAAUCGGCCGCCUUGCAGAGCUCCGUCAUCCCACUUUUAUCCGAGCUCAAUCGCCGAUAUGCGGGCAUGGAUUCCAAUAUUUCUUCUUCGUCAGCAUCCUCGCCAAGUCAUCGACAUCACCCACAUUCUGGUCCUGAUCCCAUAGACGAACUCAAAGCCGCUUUUGAAAUGGCCGAGCGGACCAGUCCGGGCAUCACGGACACGUUCUUAGCCGAAAUACUUCAGAACAUUCAACCUAAAUUGGGCGAUACCCGCCUUCGUCAAAGUAUGGAACGGCUGCACCGAAAAUGAUGAGGAUGACCCCAACCCGGACAACUUACUCGAAUACCAAUUUUCCACCCAUCCACCCCAACGAACGACGACGAUCCGCAAUCCGCACGAAAAGAGCAUCAUCAUUCAUGCACGUGCAACCGCGCCCGAAAUUCAUUCAGAUUCUUUUAAACACCUUCAGCUUGGGUAUUGCGUGGAAAGACCCAUUUGUUCCACUUCUACUACAAGAUGUAAUAAUGGAGAGGAUCACGUUUAUGACUUAAGAAAGACAGAUGAAAUCAACUAUUUUUGAGUGUAACACGAUUUCCAUUGAUGAAGAUGGCUCAGGAAACCCCCGUCAAGUCUGAAGACUCUUGAGCGAGAUUGUGUGAAAACCAGGUGACGACAGUACAGGCGCUCAAGCUUACAGGAUCAAAGAAGGCCUUGCAUGAUCUUUUUCUUUCGAGACUGAUGCCCGAACCAUUCCCCGAACCAUCCCCCGACUUUGUUAGAAUUGGGAACUUGACUAAAUGUCAAUUCUGUUCAUGACAUUCCGUCCUCAAUCUCGCCAAUCACUUACUAAUAACACGAUUUGUCCCCUUCUGCCCCUCCUUGGAGGAUCCGAGACCUCGAAGAUGAACAUGGCUCUGCCAUUAGUUACGUGGCGUUUGGCCACGAAGCCAAUCAAGAGACCGAUGGUAAGCGGUCUUCUGAUCGAGAAUCGUCAUCCUAAAAGCCUUCGUCCUCACCCCCCNCCCCCCUACCCCUCGCAUUGUAAAUGUAAAUAAAUUAUUGAUUGGGAAGUUUUAGUUGAAAUAGUGUUCUCCUCUUUAUCAUCCGUGCUCGAGUCUAAUUCUGCUCCAACCAUUAUACUUCUACUUUGAUUGCUAUUACUACUUUUACCAACACCGAUACUACAACCACCCUUACUUAUGCAACCAUAUCUCGCGCCAGCUCGAGCCUCGUGAGAUCUUAGAACACGUAUGAUGUUGUUAUAAUUGCAAAUUGAUCUAAUAAAGUUAUGAAACAGAA